GUGACUAAUAUUCAGUUUGUGAUGUAGUACCGCUUGCCCACUUGUUUAUGCUACUACCAUUUUGUUAUUAUUUAUUGUCAUAUUGAUUAUCAGAAGUGAAUAAACAUUUAUUGUUGUUCACUGUUUUCGAACAAGAUGCUUCCCGGCAGAACUCCAGUUCCAGAUAAUCCACUGGGAUUGUCUUGGCAUGACAGUGCAUGGAUUCCCAUUCUCAAUCCAAGCAACAUAAUGGAAUAUUUUUCGGAAAGGAGUAAUCCUUUCUUCGACCGAACCUGCAACAAUGAAACUGUCAAAAUGCAGCGUCUAAACCCUGAACAACUCACAAAUAUGACUGGCUUGGAGUAUAUACUUCUACACGUUCAAGAGCCAAUCCUCUAUGUAAUAAGGAAACAGCAUCGGUAUUCACCAACACAGGCAACUCCGUUAGCUGAUUACUACAUAAUUGCAGGCGUUGUUUAUCAAGCUCCCGACUUAGCUUCAGUCGUGAAUUCAAGACUGUUAUCGACUGUUCAUCAUGUGCAAUCAGCAUUCGAAGAGGCUAGUGCUUGUUCACGAUAUCACCCGAGUCGAGGCUACACGUGGGAUUUCAAAAACGGCAAAUCUUUUGCAACCAAAAAGGAAUUGCCAUCUAGGGAAGAGCCUAGUUCACUGUUUCAGCGUCAACGAGUCGAUAUGUUACUGGCUGAAAUAACUCGAAAGUUUCCCCUACCAGUGCCAAAGCCCGUUCAACCUGCGGCCGAACCUCCUGUGGAAAUAAAGCAAGAGAUAAAAACAGAAAAAAAAGACAUGAAGCCACCACCCGAACGAAAACCUCGAGUGAAUUAAAUUAAUCCGACCACGUCGAUCCUCUAAUGUAAUUUAUAAAAAUAAGUGAUUUUGCACGCAGAACUUUAAUUUUCGUGGGUUUAGGUUGUAUACUUUUGAAAAUAAAAAAUAUUCCGCUUUAAUCAAAUAAUUGAAAUAGAAGCGGGAUAUUACAUUUAAA